GGGGGGGGCGGGGCUUGGCGGCAUUGUCAGCGCGCGCGCGCGCGGUGUGUGCGCGUGUUCGUUCGGCGCCAACAGCAACGGCUCGUGAGAGAGAGAGAGAGGAGAGCGAGAGAGGAGAGAGAGAGAGGGAGAGAGAAAGAGGGGGGAAGUUUCCAGCACCCAAAUGGCACUAUGCAACGGCGACACCAAGGACGCUGCUGGAGGAGACAUCAAGGAUGUUGGACAUCAAUACGAAGGGGCUUUAGUGAUUCUUGAUGCAGGAGCUCAGUAUGGCAAAGUGAUUGACAGACGUGUAAGAGAACUGUUUGUGCAGUCAGAAAUCUUGCCCCUGGAGACCCCUGCUUUUGCAAUCAAAGAGAAUGGUUUUCGAGCUAUCAUCAUAUCUGGAGGCCCAAGUUCUGUAUAUGCAGAAGAUGCCCCGUGGUUUGAUCCAGCGAUAUUUACAAUUGGCAAGCCUGUUCUUGGAAUUUGCUAUGGGAUGCAGAUGAUGAAUAAAGUUUUUGGAGGUACAGUCCAUAGAAAAUAUGUGAGAGAAGAUGGAGUGUUUAAAAUAAAUGUGGACAAUAGCUGUUCAUUAUUCAGAGGUCUACAGAAAGAUGAGCUUGUACUGCUUACUCAUGGUGACAGUGUGGACAAGGUGGCAGAGGGCUUUAAAGUGGUUGCACAAUCUGGAAACAUUGCAGCAGCAAUAGCAAAUGAAUCUAAAAAGCUAUAUGGUGUUCAGUUCCAUCCGGAAGUAGACUUGACUGAACGUGGCAAGGACAUUUUGAAGAAUUUCUUGUUUGAUAUUGCUGGUUGCAGUGGCACCUUCACAGUGGAGAAUAGAGAAGCAGAAUGUAUCCGAGAGAUACAAGAGAAAGUUGGACAUUCCAAAGUUUUGGUUUUGUUGAGUGGAGGUGUGGACUCCACAGUGUGUACAGCAUUGCUGAAUAAGGCUUUGAAUCCAGACCAAGUAAUUGCUGUCCACAUUGACAAUGGUUUCAUGCGGAAAAGAGAGAGUCAGUCUGUGGAGGAAGCCUUGAAGAAACUUGGCAUUAAGGUUAAAGUGGUUAACGCAGCACAUGCAUUCUACAAUGGGACAACAACUUUGCCAAUUUCAGAAGAAGACCGAACUCCCAGGAAGAGAAUUAGUAAGACCUUAAAUAUGACCACAAAUCCAGAAGAAAAAAGAAAAAUAAUAGGGGAUACCUUUGUGAAGGUCGCCAAUGAAGUAAUUGGGGAAAUGAAUCUGAAGCCUGAGGAAGUGUACCUUGCACAAGGGACUUUGAGACCAGAUUUAAUUGAAAGUGCCUCAACAGUAGCAAGUGGCAAAGCAGAUGUUAUUAAGACCCACCAUAAUGACACAGAAUUGAUAAGAAAGUUGAGGGAGGAGGGCAAAGUGAUUGAACCACUUAAAGACUUUCACAAGGAUGAGGUGAGGGCACUUGGCAGAGAAUUGGGUCUCCCUGAAGAACUUGUUUCUAGACACCCAUUCCCAGGCCCUGGUCUUGCCAUUAGAGUAAUCUGUGCUGAUGAGCCUUUCACCUGCAAAGACUUUGCGGAAACUAACAAUAUUCUGAAAAUAGUAGCGGACUUCUCUGCAAGUGUGAAAAAACCACACACUUUACUGCAGAGGGUCAAGUCGUGUACGAAUGAUGAAGAACAAGAGAGAUUAAUGCAGAUCACAAGUCUCCAUUCACUUACUGCUUUCCUGCUGCCGAUUAAGACUGUUGGGGUACAGGGAGACAGCAGAUCAUAUAGCUACGUUUGUGGUAUAUCUGGGAAGGAUCCACCGGAUUGGGAAUCCCUCCUAUUCUUAGCCAGACUUAUUCCAAGAAUGUGUCACAAUAUUAACAGAGUUGUGUAUGUUUUUGGACCUCAAAUCCGAGAACCCAUCACAGACAUAACCCCAACGUUCCUAACCACAGGAGUGCUUAGCACCCUCCGACAGGCCGACUUUGAGGCUCACAACAUCCUGAGAGAGGAUGGUUACUCUGGAAAAAUAAGUCAGAUGCCAAUUAUUUUGACGCCAUUACAUUUUGACCGUGACCCACUUCAGAAACAGCCAUCUUGUCAGAGAUCUGUCGUCAUCCGAACCUUCAUCACAAGUGACUUUAUGACUGGUAUCCCAGCAACUCCUGGCAAGCACAUUUCUGAGGAGGUUAUUUCUAAAAUGGUGACAGAGAUCAAGAAGAUACCAGGGAUUUCCCGCGUCAUGUAUGACUUGACUUCAAAGCCUCCUGGAACCACGGAAUGGGAGUGAAUAAACCUGAAUCUGAUGUAUGAAACAUUCCCAAUAUUAACACAUACAGUACUGUGGAAUUGUGACUGGAGCUGCUACUUCGCACCUAUUUUUUUUCUUCCCCUCUGAAGCCUGAUGUAUAAUUCAGUGUUUGAAAGGACUAAAUUUAAUGGGGCUAAGGAUAUGUACGGGUAAAUGGAUUCAGCAUCAAACUGCUGGUAAAAUUGUGAUGCUUUUGCCAAUGUAUUUUGAUGUUCUUUAUAGAUUGACUUGUCUGGUGUUUUGUACAUCACAAGACAGUUCAUUUACAGUACAUUUACUAACCACAUGUCUGUCAUUGUAAACUCACUUAUUGAUGUGACCAAUUCUUUUUUGAACAGAUGUUACAAAUAUUUUGCCAAAUGGAUAGGUGGUAUUGAGUUGUAUUGACAAGAUUUUCGAUGUAUUUCAGUCUAUUUAAACAUUUUUGACUGUCUGUAAUUACAUUGUUCGAGAUGAAGAAAUUACCAGCAGUUUGGCUUUGUUUUUGACAAUAAUCUUGGCAACUGUAUUGAGAUGGCUAGAAAGUAUGCAGUUAUGAUUUUUUGGGGUUAUAGAACUUUUAUCAAGGGGUUUUGUUUUUGCCAAAAAUCCUGAUUGUACACAUUCUUGGAUGGAUGUGAAUUAACAGGUAUCUGCAUUGUACUAUACAUGUCUCCUAAUUUAAUUGUAUGAACCAAAAUUUUAUUUGGAGGGUAUGAGGACUAGGAGUUUCUUAAGGCAGCAUUUUUUAACCUAUUGUUUGACAGUUUUAUACACCGGUAAUGUAUUAUCUGGUUACCAUAAAAAAUAUUUCAUCCCUUCGAUGGCCUAGUGGAUAAAGGCAUUAAGUCACACUGAUAAGAUCGCAGGUUCGAUCUGGUCUGUGCUGUGAAAGCUGAUCUCAGUUGGGGUAGCAUUUGGGUGUGUGUUGGAAUUAACCUUAGAAUCCUGGGCUGAGGAGGAAGAGGGAUUAAAAAUAAAAGCCAGGGUUCCUGCACCUGAUUGUUCUCCAAUGGCUUCUGCUGGAAAGCGUGUGGCUGAGCGGUAGAUGAGAAAUUGACUGUGAUGCCCUUCGAGGUCGAGUUAACUACCACUUGCUGACUGAAGACUGGUAAAUUGGAUGAGGCACCAGAAGGCUGCCCAUGGAACUGCCCCAGGAAGACUUAAGCUUUUGAGAGAAAAUUGGUUUAACAAAAAUUUAAUUCGGGAAUAUUUUUACUUUGGUACUUACAUAGACAUCAAUCUUUCAAUACAAUAUAUGCUCGUACUUAUUUGUUGCCUUAAUUUAAUCACUUCCAUAAUCUUGUGUUUGAAAAGUGUAAUUUACAAUGUAAACUUGUAAACUUUUGUCAAAUUUAAAAUAAAUAAAUUGCUGACUAAGUCAAAGACCACAGGAUUCUGAGAACUCCAUGUUAGAGUGACUGUUGUGCCAGUAGUUAGCAUUCUUUUCUCAGCUCACUUCACCUGAAAAUCUGGCGCUUUAGCUUUAUUUAAAAAAAGGGAUGUCUUAUUCCUUUUUUGCAAAAACGCAUUAAAGUGCCCAAAACCAGAGUGGUGUAGAUUAAAGAAUUUAGAAUUAUUUGCGAUGUAUCCAGCUCGGUUAAAUUUUGCAAGCUCUUGUUGCUAUCUAUUUUUAGCAUUUUCUAAAACUAUAAAAAUGAGUAUACAUUAGACUAUCCAUGAAACCUGGGAAUGAGAAAUGAAAAGUUUUUUUUAAUUUGCUCUUGUUGCAUUGCAGCUUUUCUGGGUUGCCAAAUAAUAUUGAAAAGCUUUAUAAUGGAACACUGGUAGAGGAUAUAAAAUAAACUUGUGAGAAUUACACAGUAAAGACAAGUUAUAGAGGAUGGAUUGGAAUAAGUUGUGUCUUACUUCAGGCAUGUGAGUGGAUUUUAUAAAACUGAAGAAUUAAUUUUCAAUUAAAAUUGUGCUUAAAUAUCGUAAUAAAAAUACUGAUUUAAUGUCAAAAUCGUGCCUGAAAGUGUUCGCCAAUAUGUUGACAGAACUGCCCUUUUGGGAUGGAGGCUCCAAGCAUUUACUCUGCCUGUUUGUGUGUGUGUCAAGUGGAACAAUGAAAAGAUUAUGAUUUAGAAACUUGUAGAUAAAAUACUUUGCUGGAUAAACCGAUCGAAAAUAAUAAUUUGACCCAAUCCACGACUGUUUGUGGGACACUGCUGUGCACCAUUGGCUGCUGUAUUUCGCCCACACAAUAUAAAGUCAAUUCACUUUACAGUAUAUCCUGUAAGGCGCUUUGAGGUGUUUAUUCCAGCAGUUCAGUUUUUAAGAAUCCUUAAGAUUAAAUUUGUGGCCUAUAGCCUGUGCGCGCGCGCACACACACACACACAUUUAAAUCGCAAUGUUAGUGCUGCUGCAGUCACUUUUUUAAACAAAAAAAACUUUUUUAAAGAUUGAAGGCACAAAGUGAGAUUUUUUUUGAAUUAAGCUAAAUGUAAAUGCCAUUGAGUUAUCUGUCAAAUUAAAAAAUCUCUAAAGACUGGCUUUAUUCUGAAAUCUAAUGCUAGGCUCAAAGCAAACCUUUUUGAAAGGAUGUUUCUUAAAUACUGGUUAAAGGUGUAUCGAUACGAUUUGAUCAUAUUCUUGCUGGUAAUGAGAUCUAUUGUUCAGCAUACCAAUAAUCACUUAAGUGACUUAAGUUGGUGUAUAAAUAUAUAUAUAUAGGUGCUGCUGUAAAUUAUUUUUUCUUAGGAAAUAUGCAUGCAAUAAAAUUACUAUUUACAGGUACUGUUCAUUGAUAAGCUUCAAUAAAAUACCUGGUGUUAA